AUGGCUUCAUCUAUGGAAGCACAAGAACGAGCGAAAUUGUACAAAUUUACUAAAAUUUUGGCUUUAAAAGUGGCACAGGUGGUUGUACAGAGCAGGCAAGGGAAGAAGAUUACUCAAGAAUGUAAUGAUAUAAAACCAUUAGAUAAUGGGUUAUCUUCAUCCCCAACUAACUUACAAUGGUUCAACUUGUCAAUCCCUGAUGAACCCGAUGUUAAUUGUGACACAAAAAAGGUUUUAAAUGGUGAAGUGGUUGCUGCCCUAUCGAAUGUGCUCUGCAUUGAAAUAUCUUUGAAAACCGCUGAAGGGGAUGAAAUGGUAUUGGAGAUGUGGACAGUGAAGAUGGCACCAGGAUGUGACCCUAAUAUGUCAUCUGUAUCGACAAUUUACUACCGCAUGAGCAUCAUGCUUAAGUCAACAUUGAGUAUUUCAAGAAUUACUCCUGCUUAUAAAAUGUCUCGUCUUCAAAAUAGAGAAUCCUAUAAGGUUUUCCAUAAAAUAUAUGGUGGUUCCCCCAAUACCACUCUAUUGGGUGAGCAAUUCAAAACCAUUAAAGUGAGUGAGCUUCGUACUUUGGUGGGCACUUUAGUGAUUGAAGUGAUGUAUAGGACGAAGAUGACUAUACUGCCAGAUAACAAACAACGGGUUAUUGACCAACAAAGUAUGCUCAAUAGUGAUGACAUUAUGGUCAAAAGCGACCACUUCCCUAUGGAGAGUCCCAGAAAACAUCACGACAAGAAAGAGGUAGAUUUAACGAAACCGUUGACAGCAGGCGCAUUUGUCGAUACUGAGAAGAUUAAAGAACUGCAUGUCACUUUGAACAAACAACUACCUCCCGAACCUCCUUUGAGGUGGCUGCUUGCAGAAAAAGAGAAAAUGGAAAAUAAAGCUAAUCGGGUGGGACCGGAGAAUAUGAACAUAAACAAGCCAGGCGUAAGCACCGAGUUGGCAAGCAGCAGUGUCCCGUACAUAGCCAGUAAGGCCAUUGAGAUGCCUAAGAAGAGCGAUCGAUACACCAGCUUAAUGGACUUCCCUUUCGCUGACGGCAGUCCCAUAACAGAGCUGGCAAAUUUCUAUCAAGAAUGUUUGCAGGCGAAGUCUGCUAGUGACGAGUGGACUGACAUCAUUGGCGAAGUAUCUGUGUCCACCGACUCCGAGUCAUUGUCCCAGCAACUCAAGAUGUACGAAGAUGCCGUGCCGGAGUUUGACAGCAUGGUAGCCUCAAUGUUCAGCAACUCUGACAACGGUUCCGACUCUUAAAUAUUUCAACAAGUUGCGACUCAUAACAUAGUUUUAUUGUCAAACGAAACCAAACAUUUUUUAUGGUAAGGUAUAACCAAUCGUACUGUAGAUGGGUUGGACUGACUGAAUACAGCUGUGCUGUUAUCCUUUUGCGCAAAACGAAGGACAAAGUCCUGUUAUCCUAGGAAAUAUUGGUAAACAUCGGAUAUCUUGAGAAUUACCAGGGGUAGUAUCACUGACCAAUCUUUGCAUUUGUAUUAUCCAAAGUGUGUCUUAGUUCGCCUUUCGAUCAUAGUCAAGAAUUGCGAUGUUCUAAUAGUAUCAUUCCCUGAAGCGUGUCUUUCUUACGUGGCCAUUAUGAUUACGCUAUGCAUACAUUAUAUUAUAAUAGCUUACUGCUACAGGUUAUUGAAUUGGCAUUUGCGAAUGUUGACAAUUUUCAGUUCCUAAAUAGUUUAACGUAACAUUUUUUUCAAGUACUUGUGCUUACGGUGUUUUCCACAAUUGCACUUUACUUAGAUUUGUUUACUUGUAAGCUCAAGAGCGUCUCAUGUUACUUACUAAGAACACAAGUUUUUGACAUUGCCAUAGUACGUUAGCAAAGGACCUGCUCAAAGUAUUUUUGCGUUCAGUUUAAAGAGACAUUUGCGAAUUCUAAACGGUAACGUUUGAUUAGCUUUCUGCAAACUCAAUAGUAGAAAAAAAAAACAAAACACCCACUGCUUUACAUGCAAAUAAUUACCCUAGUUCUAGUUGCGUAAUGAAUUUGAUUUUGACAUUGGUUUUGUAGUCAAAACAAAAUUUUGACCAGGUAUUUUACGAAAUUCUGACUUAAUAAAAUAUGAACGACUUAGAUAGUGUAGUAGUAAAAUUACGAAUGGUUAAUUGGUACCUUUAGGUAAAUAUUACCUUGUAUUGGGCUAUACGCAUGAAACUGUAACUGUAUGCUGCAGAGUAGUUAGUUUUUACAAAAAUUUAAAACAACAAGCCGAAACCCCAAAAAAAGAAAGUUUUUGCGUUUACGGCUCCAAAUACACUUUCUAACAUAGUACAUAUUCAUAACAUUCAUAAUGAUUCAAAUAUCAUCUUUUGAUACAAAUGAUAAUAAUACGGUCCAAUAGUUCUUUUCCGGGUGAUAUUGCUGGUAUUUUUUAAUUAGACCACAAUGAACAAAUAACUUUUCAGAAGAACAUAUUUGUUGUGUGUAUUGUUUGUUAUGUUACUGUAGUAGUUGUAAAGUGAUUUGUUGAUGUGUACUUUUUGAAUAGCCUCGAGUGUGCGGCAACACCCAGUGUCGUGGGUCGUUUCACUGUAAUGUUGAUUAAUGACUCGGUAUUUAUUUUCGCUCUGCAUUGGUCUCUUGACAAGUCGUCGUUCAGUUGCAGGUCAUCCCUAGCCUAACACAUAUUUACAAAAAAAUUAGGUUAAGUCUAUUGCGUACGUUAGAUUAAUAUCUAUUAUAUACAUAUUUGUUUAACUAUGAUUGAUUUAAAUUAUUUAAAACUUUUUUUAAGAUUUAUACUAUUUUUCUAGAC